CUCAGGUCUUCUGAGACGUUUACAUGGUAUCAGAGCCUUCUGUGACGGAGAGGUCUUGUGUUCGAUUCCCGGUGACCCCCAUUUGUUAAGCACAUGGUAUUCUUGUCUUCAAACCUGUGCAAACUUCAAGCCCUUGUGAGUGGCUUUCGUUUGAGGGGGUGUGUUAGUGUUGUGGUAUAUGAUCCACGAUUGAACCUCUCCCAACAACUCGAGUUAUUGAGAUCAACUGGUUCUUGACAUGGUAUCAGAGCCCAUUACACUCUAACGAGUCUCUUCUUUUUCCCCUUCUUUCUUCUUGGUUCUUCCUUUUUCUUCAAACCCCGCCAGUAUCUUGCUGUUGCUCCAUCUGGCGUGCCCUCUACUGCAGCUCAGGCCCUGAAAUUACCUCGUUGGCGGGCGGCUAUGGUCACUGAGUUUGACGCCCUUGUUCGCAAUCAUACCUGGGACUUGGUCCCUGCUCCUCCUGACUGUAAUGUUCUGUCUAACAGAUGGGUGUUUGCAGAGAAAACGAACCCGGAUGGUUCCCUUGAACGCGAGAAAGCCCGGCUGGUCGCCCGUGGUUUUGAGCAGAUUCCCGGCCAUGAUUUCGGCGACACCUUCAGCCCAGUUCUGAAACCGACCACUCUACGGCUCCUGCUGAGUAUUGCCGUCUCUCAAGCUUGGCCAUUACAUCAGGUUGACAUUUCCAAUGCCUUCUUACACGGUACUCUUAACGAAGAAGUCUAUAUGCGACAGCCAGUUGGAUUUAUUGAUCCAGGACACCCAGAUUAUGUCUGCCGCCUUCGGAAAUCUAUAUAUGGAUUACGCCAGGCGCCUCGUGCUUGGUUCCACUGUCUCUCUCAAGCGCUUCGGGACUUCGGUUUUGUGGCUUCUAAGUCUGAUCCAUCGCUCUUCAUAUACAAGGCUAAUUCUGUGAUUCUCUAUAUGUUGGUUUAUGUGGAUGACCUUGUCAUCACAAGCACAGAUUCAAGGGUCAUUCAGGAGCUGAUGGUUCAUUUACGUUCUCGGUUUGCUCUACGGGAUCUUGGUCGAUUGUCUUAUUUUCUUGGCCUGGAAGUUCACUACACCCCAGCCGGCUUGAUCCUCAACCAAAGGAAAUACAUCCUUGAGCUGCUGGAACGCUCAGGAAUGGCUCACGCAAAAUCGAUCUCCACUCCCUGCACGUCUGAUCAGCUCACACAAAGUGGAUCAGAUCUUUCUCCAGCAUUCGAGAAUCCGACCUUGUACAGAAGUAUAGUUGGUGGUCUCCAAUAUCUAAGCUUUACUCGGCCGGACAUAUCCUUUGCGGUCAAUCACGUAUCGCAGUUUCAACAGUCUCCAUCGGAUGCUCAUUGGGCAGCUGUGAAGCGCAUUAUGCGCUAUCUCCAAGGCACAAUUACACAGGGCCUUCUCUUCCAACGAUCGGCUGAUUCCCAAUUGCAUGGUUAUUCGGAUGCUUCAUUUGCCUCAUGCCCCAAAGACCGAAAGUCCGUUUCUGGGUUUGCUGUUUUCCAUGACACGAAUUUGGUAUCUUGGUCUACUCGGAAACAGAAUGCGGUGGCACGCUCUUCAACAGAAUGCGAGUACAGGGCACUAGCCACGCUUGCCUCCGAAGUCAUUUGGUUACAAGCACUCCUAGCUGAACUUGGCCAAUCUCCUUCCACAUCACCUGUUCUAUGGUGUGAUAACCUAGGCGCCACAUAUCUCGCUCACAAUCCGGUUUUUCACACACGGUCUAAACACCUAGAAAUUGAGUUCCAUUUUGUUCGUGAUCGGGUUAACAAGCAACAACUACAUGUUCGAUAUCUACCGGCUACUGAUCAGUUAGCAGAUGUCCUAACGAAGCCUCUCACAAGACAAUCCUUCCGCAACUUCUGCUCCAAGUUUCACCUCUCUGAGGUUCCACUUGCGGGGGCGUGAUAGAGGACAAACUCGGGAACAAACUCUCCACUUCUCCCCUCUCUUCGUUGUAAACUGUUACAUUCUGUUUCUCUGUUCCUAGAGUUGUGUUAGUGUAGAAACAGCUUCCUUAGGAGUAGCUAUUAGUUGCAGAACCUCUUGUAUAAAUUUACAUCAGUAAU